AUGGCGUUCAGUUUUGGCGGCCCCACGAGCAACACAGCGGCAAGCACGUCCGGGUUCUCAUUUGGUUCAUUUGGUGCCAAGACAACAGCAUCAACAGCGUUUGGCUUCGGCCCCGCAGCCACCACCACCACCGCCUCGUCCGGAUUCGGCACUCUUACAGCCCCUGGUUUUGGGGCAGCCACCACCACUGCUGCUGCACCAGCCACAGGAUUUAGCUUCGGCUCCACCAAUACUGGAUUUGGGGGGCUAGGAGCUGGAGGCACCACGGCUGGUGGGUUUAGUUUUGGGGGGUUUGGUUUAAAUGCCAACCCAGCAGCAGUCAGCUUUAAUGUGGGGUGCUUUGGUACAGCAACCACCACUGGCACUGUUUUCAAUUUUGGUAAUAGCCUGGCUAGCACAGGCGCAUUUGGCGGUUUUGGGACAACAACAACAACAGCUGCUGCACCGGGGUCAACUUUUAGCUUUGCUGGCCCCUCCAACACCACAGGAGGCCUGUUUGGUAACACGCAGAACAAAGGGUUUGGGUUCUCGUCCGGGCUUGGCACAGGGGCCGCUGCUGGCACAUCAGGAUUUGGAACUGGAUUAGGAACAACUGGCCUGGGUGGGUUUGGAGGCUUUAAUAUCCAGCCAGCUCAGCAGCAGCAAGGAGGCUUGUUCGGCCAGCAGGCCCAGGCGCAGGGUCAGGCUCAGCCCACCCAGCUUUACCAGCAGGUCACUGCUCUGUCAGCUCCCACCUUGUUAGGCGACGAGCGAGACACCAUCCUUGCCAAAUGGAACCAGCUGCAGGCAUACUGGGGCACCGGGAAGGGCUUCUACAGCACCAACAACCCACCUGUGGACUUUACCCAGGAGAACCCGUUCUGCAGGUUCAAGGCGGUGGGUUACAGCUGCGUCCCAGUGAGUAAGGAUGAGGAUGGUUUAGUGGUCUUGGUCCUCAAUAAAAAGGAGGCUGAUGUUCGAGCUCAGCAGCAGCAGCUGGUCGAGUCCCUGCACAAGGUGCUGGGAAGUAACCAGACGCUCACUGUCAACGUAGACGGUGUCAAAGCGCUGCCAAAUGACCAAACAGAGGUGAUCAUUUACGUGGUGGAACGUUCUCCUAAUGGAACCUCCAAGCGGAUCCCGGCUACGACGCUCUUCAGCUAUCUGGAGCAGGCCAACAUUAAGGUCCAGCUCACGCAGAUUGGAGUGGCCAUGUCAGUGACACGCACAGAGCUGUCGCCAACACAGCUCAAACACCUGCUGCAGAACGCUCCAGCGGGAGUGGAUCCCAUCAUUUGGGAGCAGGCUAAGGUGGACAACCCUGACCCAGAGAGGUUAAUCCCAGUGCCCAUGGUGGGUUUUAAGGAGCUGCUCCGCAGGCUGCAGAUCCAAGAGCAGAUGACUAAACAGCACCAGACCAGAGUGGAUAUUAUCUCCAGUGACAUCAGUGAGCUGCAGAAGAACCAGGCGACUACUGUGGCUAAGAUUGCCCAGUACAAGAGGAAGCUGAUGGAUCUCUCUCACAGGGUGCUGCAGGUGCUGAUCAAACAAGAGAUUCAGAGGAAAAGUGGCUACGCUAUCCAAGUGGAUGAGGAGCAUCUCAGGGUGCAGCUGGACACCAUUCAGUCUGAACUCAAUGCUCCCACACAGUUCAAGGGUCGGUUGAAUGAAUUAAUGUCCCAAAUCCGGAUGCAGAACCACUUUGGAGCUGUGAGAUCAGAAGAGCGCUACAGUGUUGAUGCAGACCUGCUCAGAGAAAUCAAACAACACUUGAAACAGCAACAGGAUGGUUUAAGUCAUUUGAUCAGCGUCAUCAAAGACGACUUGGAAGACAUCAAACUUAUAGAGCACGGGCUGAGCGACAGUGGACACUUGAGAGGAGGCAUCCUGAGCUGAGUCUGCCAACCUGUCCACCAACACACCCGCACACUCAGACCGUCUGUAUCAGUCCUAUUAAAAGUGUCACGCCUCUGACCCAGACCAGUCAACGUGGUGCUUUUAUCAGGGUGUUUGAUUAAUCUUGAAGUGAUCUGUUUCCUUUAGAUUGGAUCUUAGGAGGGCUAUCUGAACAUUCUCAUCGAAAAGAUCCGUUUGAAUUUGUGUUUGCAUUCUUUGCCACCAUUUUAGCAGAUUCGUCAUUGGCCCCACUGUCCGUACCAGCAAAACAACUGGUCAGUCUGCACUUCCUGGACUGAUGCAGACAGCUCAAUGGAAAGACUCAACACUGUCUAAUAAUAGCUGGCUUCCCUUAUGUCAAAUCAGAUUAUGGAUAUGAGACUAUGAAUGUGACAGGCAUGUAAACAAGUUGUGGGGUUGAGUGUGUGUGUGUGUCACGAUUGAAAACACUGUAAAUACAUCUUUGUAUUUCUUUUUUAUGCUGUUAGAAUAUAAAUAAAUUUCAUUUAAAUUGAAAA